GGUGUGAUGCGCAAGGAAAGGAGGCGGCAUGAGGUGAGUCGGGACAGAGAGAGGCGGCUCCCCCUUUUUGGACACAGGGUGCCUCUGAGCGUGUGGAGAGGACUCGAUGAUUGUCCCUGGUGAGGGAGUGGAAGGAACGCAGAGGGGGGUCCAACAGACCAGCUUCUGCCCUGGAAGCAGCCUUGGCUACAGUUCCCAUCCUUGGGGAAGGCGAUGCUGUAGGUCCCGUCCUCUCUUUGGGGCUCGUCUCCCUCCCAGAUCUUGGGAAUAUUGUGGGACUAGACGAGAGGAGCCAAGAAGCUGCCUAGACAGCUCCUUCUUCCAGACCUCUUCUUGUACCAGAAAGAUGGUGCCGCCUUUGGGUUUGUCUCUCUCCUGACUUCCUGCCCUUGCCAACCAUGGGUCUGAAAGCCAAGGUCCAGCCAUUGAUGGAAGAGACCCCGGUCAGGGUAGCCGUGCGCAUUCGGCCACUGUUGCCCAAGGAAAGGUUACACGGGCACCAGACCUGCCUCCAGGGAGACCCUGAGAAGAAGGAGGUGACUUUGGGCCACAGCCAACGUUUCCAGUUUGAGACGAUCUUCACCGAAACAUCAGACCAGGUCUCUGUGUAUGCCACCUGUGUCCAGCCGCUGGUGGAAGCGUUCCUGGAAGGCUUUAAUGUCACCGUCUUUGCUUACGGCCAGACUGGCUCGGGGAAGACCUAUACCAUUGGAGAAGCACGUGUCUCUUCCAUCCGUGAGGAUGAGCAGGGCAUAAUCCCUCGAGCCAUGGCUGAAGCCUUCAAGCUGAUGGAUGAGAACGAUCUGCUCAACUACACGGUCCGCGUCUCUUAUCUGGAAGUGUACAAGGAGGAGUUCCGAGACUUGUUGCAAGUGGACACAGCCAGCAAGGACAUACAGAUAUGGGAGGAUGACAGAGGCAAUAUAGUGCUGCACGGGGUGAAGGAAACUGAAGUGGAAGGUCUGGAUGAGGUUCUGAGCCUGCUGGACAUGGGCAAUGCAGCCAAGCACACGGGAAGCACCCGCCUCAACAGGAAGUCCAGUCGCUCCCAUACCAUCUUCACUGUGACCAUGGCACAAAGGCAGAGCAGCAGCCGCCUCGCUCGCUUCGCCUGCCCAGAGAAGACUUUGGCUCCAACCUCUGGGCAGAUCCUCACUUCCAAGUUUCACUUUGUGGAUCUGGCUGGUUCUGAGCGGGUGAUGAAGUUGGGAUGUACCGGGGAGAGGCUGAAGGAGAGCAUCCAGAUCAAUGCCAGCCUCUUGGCCUUGGGAAACGUCAUCAGUGCCCUGGGAGACCCACGCCGGAAAAGCAGCCACGUCCCGUAUCGGGAUUCCAAAAUCACCAGGAUCUUGAAAGGCUCUUUAGGCGGGAACGCCAAAACGGUGAUGAUCGCCUGCGUCAGCCCUUCCUCCUCCGACUUUGAUGAGAGUCUGACUACUCUGAAUUAUGCCCGGUGGGCUCAGAAUAUCAAAAAUUGGGCUGUGGUGAAUUGCAGCAAGGAGGUAGAGCCCGUAGAAGCCCUACAGCUGCGUAUCAAGAAGCUUCAGAGGGCCCUGGAACACAGACACCGCUCGGAGACUCGCAUUAUCCGUCGAUCGGAGGUGCCCAUCAAGGGCCAUGUGGAGGAAAAUGUGGCUCGCUUACGAGCUGAAUGCAACCACUACCGGACUUGCACAGAUGCUGCCUAUCAGCUCUUGAUGGAGCUGCAAGGCUAUUUGACAGAGGAACAGGGGCUCCAAGUGAAGGGCUGGCUCUGUGCAGUGGAAAACGGGGCCAGUGAACUGAGCUUGACCUCUGGCGUAGACAGCGGGAUCGGAAGCACUUCGGCUGAGGAGCUGCACUCCAAAACUUCCAGUUCCAAGCUGGCCAAGACUCAGGAGGAGCAUCAACGAGGACCCGAGAUGAUGAGAAGGGAGGAGGUGGUGAGGCUGGAAGAGCAAGUAGAGCGCUUAGAGAAAGAGAACCAGGAUUUCUUGGCAGCCCUUGAGGAUGCUAUGGAGCAGUACAAAGCCCAGGGCGCCAAAUUGCAAGAACAGGAAGAUACCAUCUCCGAACUUCAGAACUACCUAAAGAUGCCCCAUUUGGCCAUGCCUGAACUGCUUGGGAUUGUCCCCUUGGUGAAGCUUGACCAAAGGCCACACACAGCUCCUGUGGAUGCACACCAGUCCCACCACUGGCUCAAGCUUGCCUGUAAUAAUCCCAGUAAGCUCCAUAGGGUCACAGCUCACAAUGGAGAAGACUCAUUGGGACAAAGUCACAGUCACGCUGGAGAUGGUACGUACAGCUUUGGGACAAAGGCUGUAUUGCAAAUGAAAACACUGGACAAAGUUUUGGAUUCAUCUUUGGAGGAUGAGAAUAGAUGUUGGCCAGUCUGGCCCCUUCAGCAAUACAGGAACAAAACCCACAGCUGGAGCAAAGAGGAGCUUUCAACCAAAAAGAAUAAAAAAUACAACUCAAAAUCCCCAGAGGCAGCUCAGGAUAAAUCUUUGGAACUGUCUAAAGAUGGUAGGCAACAGGAGCUGGGCAGUCCAGCAGGGAGCUUUCCAGGCAAGGAUUCAGAAUGGCAGCUGCUUCAGGCCCACCAAAAGAUCCGUGAAUUGGCCAUCAACAUUCGUAUGAAAGAAGACCUGAUAGUAGAGCUCAUUAAGACAGGCAAGCAUGCUCAGGCCAUGAACAAGCAGUACCAGCAGAAGAUCCAACAUCUGGAGGAGGAAGCCGAGGAGGUACGGGUGGAACUGAACGACGGCCAGAGGCAGUUGCAAGAGCUGCAAAGCAAAGAACCGCGUGAUCCUGCUGAAAAGUGGAAACUCCAGGAAUAUCGCAGCAAAGUGGAAGCUGCUCAGAGCAAGGCAAAGAUCCUGCAGGAGAAGAAACGAGUGACAGAGAGACUGGCCUCCUUCUCUGCUCAAAAUGAGAAACGCUUGCUGGAAUUAGAGAGGAACGUGCAGCUGAUGCGGCAGCAGCAAGGGCAGCUUCAGAAGCGCUUGCGGCAAGAAGUGGAGCAGAAGCGACGCUUGGAAACGGAGAUGCAGAAGAGGCAACAUCGGGUCAAGGAGUUGGAGCUGAAGCACGAGCAGCAUCAGAAGAUUCUGAGGAUCAAAACUGAGGAAGUAGCUGCCUACCAGCGGAAGCACAGGAGCGGCAGCAAUGAUUCCAUGAUCAGUCUAGAACAGCAGCAGAAAAUUGAAGAACAGAAGAAGUGGUUGGAUAUAGAGAUGGAAAAAAUCCUCAACCAGCGGCGCGCCCUGGGUGAACUGGAAGAUGAAUUGACCAAGAGAGAAGCUAUUGUUGCCAAGAAAGAAGCUCUCCUUCAGGAGAAGAAUGACCUGGAAAACAAGAGAUUCCGAUCUAGCCAGGCUCUGAAUGAUGACAUUCUUCGUGUCUCCAGCCGUCUUGAGUACCUGGAGAAAGAGCUAACCCAGAGGAACGGGCAGCUUUGCCACAGCAGUGCACAGGACCAGCAACACAUCCGACAAGAAAUUAAUAGCUUGCGGCAGGAGAAGGACCAGUUGCUCAAGCAGCGAUUGGAGAUUGAUGGGAAAUUAAAUCAGGGCACCUUGCUAUCGGCCGAGGAGGAGCGGAUACUUUUCCAGCUGGAUGAAGCCAUCGAAGCCCUGGAUGCUGCCAUAGAAUAUAAGAAUGAGUCCAUUACUUGCAGGCAGCGAGUUGUGAGGUCCUCCGCCAGCCUUCUGUCCCAAUGUGAGAUGAAUCUUAUGGCAAAACUCAGCUACCUCUCUUCUGCCGAGACCCGGGCACUUCUUUGCAAAUACUUUGAUAAGGUGGUGACCUUGCGAGAGGACCAGCACAAGCAGAGUGUGGCGUUUUCUGAACUGGAAAUGCAGCUGGAAGAGCAGGUCCAGCUGGUGUUUUGGUUGGAGGUGGCCCUGGAGCGUCAACGCUUGGAGAUGGACCGUCAGCUGACCUUGCAACAGAAGGAACAUGAGCAGGACAUUCAGCUUCUGCUCCAGCAGAGUCGGGAGCAUAUAGAAGGACAGGGAAACAACAGGCUUCAGUAUGAGCAAAAGAUCCAGACGCUGGAAAAGAAAUUGGCUCAUUACAAGUGGCAAAACGAGGAAUUAAACCAAAAGUUAAAGCAGUCAGAGGGACACAGCGGAGGUAUGGAAAGAAGCAUCCUUGCGGUUGGGGAUAGACCCCAUUCACUCAGCACCUAUGAAGAUUUUACCAAAAAUAGCCAGCUGGAACCAUCCUUGCAGGUGGAGCCCUCAGAAAGGAAUCAAAAAGAGGAAGCCCGGGACUUGGUGCAUACACCGUUACCGUCCACGUGGAGGCGCUGCUCAAUGUCUAGUGCCAAUAACUUGAUAGUGGAAGAUUUUCGUCAAAUGGAGACAGAUUAUCUCGUAAGGUCUAACCAAGCCAAGGAGAUUCCUUUGCUGCCCAGAUCCCGGAAGGAAUUGCACCGGGCCAACCAGAACGUUAUUCCUGGAUUGUCUUAUCCAGAAAUCAUUGAUGUCAGAAAAAAUCCACUCUAGUUCUGAGAUGUUGACUGUUCCAUCUAAAAUAAGCUAAUAAGAGCCUUCUGCUCAUAAAUCGCCAAAAAGACAGGAGGUGGGCCCCUCCAUUAUGCAAAAUCAGGGUCUUCUGAAGAAAUAAUAGCUUGAGUUAACAAAAGGAUGCAUCAUGGCUGCAUGGAGAAGAGUUGCUCCAGAAGAUAGGACAUAGAUCAGGGGUGCUCAACCUUGGCAAAUUUAAGACUUGUGGACUUCAACUCCCAGAAUUACCCAGCCAGCUGUAGGAGUUGACGUCCACAAAUCUUAAAAGUUGCCAAGAUUGGACAUGUCUGCCAUAGAGAUUUUACACUUUCCUAAUGAUAGAAAAUGUCCAAAUAAUGGAAAAGACUGCCUCAAAUGUUGGUGGAUUCCUUCGCUGGAGAUCUCUAAACAGAGACUAGAUAAGUAUUUAUCAGAAAUACUGUACUGGUGGAUUUUGGCCUUGGGAAGAUCUCUCCCAGCAUUUACGAUCUCCAGAUUAUAUAAAUCACAUUCUGCUUUAGUGUAAUGAAUGAACCCAGUCAAAUGUUGACAUCUUCAGAGAUCUUUUACCUGGGCUUCCCUGCCUUUUGUUACUUUUGUAUAGUGGCCUUUUACAGUGAAACUGGUUGUUUCCAUUCUUUGGAGACACUUUUCUUUGCAAACCUGGAUUUCCUGUAAUGAAUACCAUCCAAACAAAGGGACAGUAAAUUUUAUCUGUUUGCAAAUAUGUAUACAUACUUUAAGUAGCUUCUUGGACUGUACUCUCAAUAAACUAGAACAGCUAUUUGUAA